UAGCCAUUGUGUGGAAACACAUUAGCUGCAUUUCUCUGCCCUAUCCUGGUUUCCUACGUCACUUUACUCCAAGCUGGUCUUCUCUCGACCGUGAGUCAUGUGACAGGUGCAAGCCAGAGGACCUGCUGUGGACCAGAGGUGGGCCACGAAUACUAAACAGCUGAGGAAGAAAAAGACUGCAGAGAACAAAGGCUGGAUGCUGUCUGUGAAUGUCUCCUCCCACUGGCUGAACAGUGAGAUUAUACUGCAUCCACAAAUGUGCAUGUAGGGUGUUUCCCUGCCUUCAGCCCAGUGCAUGCUGGGACAGGCUUCUGCAUCAUGUGACCUUGUAACGAAAAAGGAGGGAUGAUAAUCUUUAUGAUAACCUUUUUUGUAUGUACUGAAUUGUACCAUCACCUUUUUUUAAAUUAAAAGUAUGUAUUUUUAUUUAGAGAGAGAGAGAGAUGGAAUUUACUAGAACAAAAACAAGAGCUCUUUAUUUUUGAGCUGUUAAAAUGUCUAAAAGAUAUGCAGGACUUAUUAUUAUUAUUUUAUUUUUUAUUUUUUAUUUUCUACACUGAGUUGUAGCAUGGUGUUUAAGUAAGAAUAAUUGUAUUCAUAUAGCAAAAACUAUUUGUCUCAGGGCUUUUCAAUCUGUACCACCUCUAUCUUUAGAACUUGAUAAUAAAAUAAAUAUUUUUAAAGCUGUUGAAGCUAAAAAGGUCUAGAGGAAGGAUGAUUAGCAGGUGGGUUUAUACUAGUUGUAUGAUCACUAAAUUCCGGUUUCCAACUUAAAGUUUGUAGGUCACACAAUUGCAUAUGAGUUAAUGAUGAUGUAAUAAUUUCACACAGCCUGGUUUUUAUACACAUUAAAAGAGUGUCAUGGAAGAACGCAUAAUGUAAUAAUAGGGCAAUUAUGGCCGGUAGAAGGUAAAGUGUUUUUGGGACUAUGAAUAAUUUCAACAUUGUGACUCAUCUCUGGGAAGCUUUUCAUAAUGAGACUAAUUUGUAUUGUUUUUAUAAAAAAAUGAGACAAACAUUUUGGCAUGAUGACGUUCUGUAUAAUAUGUUGUAGGGCUUUGCAGAUUGCAUCAUUUAUGAAUGAAUGGGGAGUGAUACACCAAACAGGGUGGAGCCACGUAAGAAACAGACGUAUAUGAUUGGACAGUGCAGGCGGACUGGUCUCCGCGCUCUCACUGAUUGGUUGUGCUUUCGAAUGGGCGGGGCUUAGACUGACAGGGUUGGGGUGUUUUACGCUCGGUGGAGUAGUGCUGCGUUUGUCACAGCCAGAAAGAGGCGCUGCUGCAGUCCGCUGUGGUCAAACCGCUCUGUAAUCGUAUUGUUAAUGUCCAAAGCUGCUUCACACUGUCCUCUGACGAAUGAGGAGCAAGACUAAAAACAAAACUACUGGCGCGUACUCGCCUAAAUUAUAACUAGCGACCAGAAUUUAGUUUAAAUUCACAGCUGAAAUGGAGCAGCAGCGGGGGCUCAGUAGCUUCACCCCAGGUGAGUCUGCAGGCUGCCAGGCUGCGGUCUCCACCGGCCAGCCAACUAUGCGUUUGUCCGUCACCUCGACCACGGGCACCCCGGUGGAGCUCACGGUCCCCCGGGGAGAGACUGUGGAGGGACUGAGGACUCGCAUCUCCCACAAACUCAGGCUGCAAACAGACAGAAUCGUCCUCCUGUAUAGAGACAAGCAGCUAACUGCAGGCAAACUGUUGGACCUGGGUGUAGCAGAUGGAAGCAAGCUGACCCUGGUCCCUGCCAUUGAAGCUGGUUUGGUGUGCUCCACUGCCAGAGCUGAGAGAACGAUGAUGGACGUCUUAGAAAGCUUAACAGAAAUCCAGAUUGGUGACUUCCUGUCUGGGCGCUCCCCUCUGACCAUUAACCUGGGAAUUGGUGCGCACAUGAUGUAUGUGCAGCUCCAACUGUCUGCCCAGAACGUGGCGGAGCUGCAGCACCACAAGGACUUGAGAGUUGGGAGCAGCAGCGACCUUCAAACCGGCAUGCCCACUGCUGCCAGGAUGAACCCCCCUGACUCAUCCAACAAAACUACAGGAUCCACCUCCGAAACCUCUACUCGAGCCCCAGACUCUUCUGACUCUCCAUCCUUGAUCCAAUUGAGUGCUCAAAGACCCAGAACUUCCUUGAGCUCAACAGCUCCCGGCACCACUGUCCUUUCACAUCAAUCCUUUCUGCCCCACUCUACAAACACAUCCUCUCCUGUUCUUUCAACCCCUUCUUUGCCUUUUGGUUGUCAACAUCCCGGCAGUCCACAACCAGUAGCCACACUAGUCUGUUCACCGGCUCCCACUGACUCCAGUCAUGGACCCCGGAGCCCAGCGUCAGCUUCAAUCCUCAAAGAGAGUAAUCUUCAUGCCUCAUCCACUGCAGAGCUGAACAAGCAGCCAGGAGCAGUCAUAGAAAGUUUAGUGAGCCCCUCACCAGGCGUCUUCUCUGGGACUUUUUCUGGCACUCUGGCCCCAUGCAGUCAGAGCAGCUUCAGCCAUCCUCGCCGUGGCAUCGGCAUCAUUCUCCAGAUCUUCAACGACCUCCUCAGAGCUGCCUACCACCACCAGGAGGCUGAACCUGCCCCUCCCCAUCAACCCCACUGUCCUGAUUCGAACCCUCCAGCCAGCCUGCUGCUCACAGCGGAGGAGGGGCCAAGCAAAGCAAAGAGCAAAACACUGGAGACCCAGAGGACAGAGCGCCUCAGUAAAACUCCAGGUGAGGAGAGUCACCGGACCUGCUCACCCACAGAGGAAAAUCAAACAUUACACUGUAAGCUAGAGCGCCUGCAGUUUUUGAUGCAACAGAGGCGUCUACGCAGGCGAACUCGGAGGUACUCACAAACGUCUCACCCGUACCGGCAUCAUCACCAUCGUCCCUAGUCGCCUGCAUGGGAGAGAUCAACUCACUGUGAUAGCAGAGGCUGCUUUCUAGAAGGAACCAGCGUAGCAACCAAAGCUGAGAGCAGCAGAGACAACUCAAAUGGUUUGGUGUAUUUUGACAUAUAAGAAUUUCAGUAGAAUGUAAGCCCAACAGGUCCUCUAAGGCUGAUUCCUGUGGCUGUCCCUGUGCUGAGCAUGUUAUUCCUCUGAGUCUGUCAGUGACAAUGACUCACAUUGUUAUGUAGCAUACGCCACAGAAGGUUCCAAUGUGCAUUUUCAUGUUCUACAUCUGGGUGUUUUGUACAAAGACUUUUACUGUAUGUUGGUUUAAGUACUCCAAUGCCUUAAAUGUACAUGUCUUGAAUGUAAAGUAUUGUUCUGUGCUAAGGAUGUUCCUAUGAAAUGUUUCAAUAUAACUAAUAUAAACACAGGGAAGGCAAAAAAGAAUAAAG